GAGGAAAUUCAUUCAGAAUCGAUCGUUAGGUGUAUUUGGAUGUACUGUGUGUUGGAGAAUUAAAAUGUACGUGUUUAAUUUAUUUCUACCAGUCUUACUAUUUACAUGUGCUAUUUACUCAGUUGUAGGAGAUGAAUGUGUGUAUGACGGUAAUGGAAUAUGUAUUGAGGGGUGCCCCCCUGAUACAUAUUCAUACACCCCAAGCUGUAUGGAAGAGACGAUGUCACAAAGGACCUGCCGAGCGCCAGUCGCACGAUCAUUAGGUCAAAUCUGCGAUUAUUCCCGAUGCGAUUGUCGCGAGCCCAAAGUGUGGGACGAGGCUGAAAAGAAAUGCGUCUUGAUUGCAGAUUGUUCCGAACAACAAAUCAUUGAUGAAAACGAUAUUAAAGUGUAAAGUGAUUUUUAUAAAACCAAGUGGCUGGUACUAUGUUGAAUUUUGUCCUAUUAUAUUAUGCUGAAAUUAUAUUUUUGCUGAUACAAACCAACUAAAUGUACCAUUUUUU